UAGGUGCGGCCAUGUUGAUCUGUAGCGAAUAAAAUUGAGUUAAUUUGCUUUUAGGGAAUAAAAAUUGACACAAUAUGCCCAAAUGCGACCUCAAAACGAGAUACAUCCCCGCGACAUUCGCCUGGACGUUACUGUUGGGCACAACAUCUUUGUUUUUUUAUUUUCCUUGUCAGUACUACCUACACAAGCACCCAUGGGUACCUGCAUACCAAGGUGUCAUAACAUUUUUUGUUUUGGCCAAUUUUACACUGGCCACUUUCAUGGACCCGGGAGUUAUACCAAAAGCUCCACCUGACGAGGAUCGUGAGGACGACUUCAGAGCGCCGCUGUACCGCAGCGUGGAAAUAAACGGCAUCACAGUGAGGAUGAAGUGGUGCGUCACCUGCAAGUUCUACCGGCCGCCGCGGUGUUCGCACUGCUCCGUCUGCAAUCACUGCAUAGAGACGUUCGACCACCACUGCCCGUGGGUGAACAACUGCAUCGGCCGGAGGAACUACCGGUUCUUCUUCUUCUUCCUCAUAUCGCUGUCGAUCCACAUGCUGAGUAUAUUCGGGCUCAGCUUAUACUACAUAAUGAACAAUAACAAGACGCUGACCGAGGUCGCGCCUAUUGUGUCAAUGGUGAUAAUGGGCAUAAUCGCGCUACUAGCGAUCCCAAUAUUCGGGCUGACGGGUUUCCACAUGGUGCUGGUCUCCCGAGGUCGCACCACCAACGAGCAAGUGACCGGCAAAUUCACUGGGGGGUACAACCCCUUCUCUAAGGGAUGUUGGUACAACUGCUGCUACACGCAAUUCGGGCCGCAGUAUCCUAGCCUAGUCCGCCCAUCGAAAUACAUCUACAAGGGCGGCAAGAAGCGUCGCGAGGCGCUCGGCGGUCCGCACUCGGCGUCCGCCAUAUCGACCAUUGCGACCGACACGCACCAGGUAAAGACGUACACGGCGGACAACGGCACUGCGCAUCGGGCCGUCGGCGCGCACGCACACUACAACAAGCUAUCGCCCGGUCGAGAGGAGCACGAGGGUGAGAUGGAGGGUCCCGGCGCGUCGCAGAGCGCGGACUGCGAGCCCACGCCGCCGCAGCGACGCGCCUCCGCCGCUAACAUGUUCCCGCCGCCCGCGCCGCGGCCCAUGCACUACCCGCGGCUCAGUCCGCUCGCCAGGAACACUAGUCACGGUGGCACCACGACAUCCGGCUAUCGGGUGGUCAUGGAGCCCCUCAGAUACGACACGGGGUCUAACGGAGGCGCUCGGCCUUCGCCCACCAUGCAGCAGCGGAUAAAAGCGCUGGGGGUGCCCACCCCGCUUGCAGUCAACAGUCCAGUGCGGAGGUCAAACCCCGGCACGCCCACGGCGCCGCGCCGGCCGGACUUCAUCGGCGUCGCGCGCGCCUCGCCGCAGCGCCGGUUCCUCUCCGAAGGCGAGCUGCUGCGAGCCGAGCCGCCCGCGCACCGGCCGACGGCCGACGACAUCCGCGAACUCGCCGCGUCGCCGCAGCGAGGCAACUACCUGUGGGCCGAGCGGGCUCAUCCUGCCCCUCGAGGCGGCGUGCCUGUCCUCCCUCCGCAGCCCUCGCCCCUCGCCCGCCGGCGCGGCCCGGCCCCCCCCGCCGCACCCCGCGCGCCCCCUGUCCUUCGUCCGCGCGCUCGAGGUCCAGGACCAACUCGAGGCCCGAGCCGCGCCCCCCGACCCGCCCGACCGCGCGUCCGUCUACGACUGCAACUACGAGAUCUCCGUAUGAGUCGCGUGACCGAUGACUCUAACCGAGCCUGAAGCGGUCACCGGUGACGUGUUUCGUAAUAUGUAUAUUUGUGAGCGUAACGUUAAUUUGUUGAGUGUAAAUAGUCCCCCCAGUGUUGUGAUUCCGAUAUGACAUGAUAAUCGUUUGUUAUUGUGACGAAAGUAUAUCGAGUGUUUCGAGCGCUUGUGAAUCUUCGAACCGUUUGACUUUCCUCUUUCCUUUGACGCGUCGAUUGAUUGUAAUGGAAUUGACUGAUUCGAUGAUAUGCCUCAAUUUUGGUUUAGUUCGAUUUUUGACCUCGGCGAA